UCCCGCUCCACGAAAAACCGCGAGAGCACCUGAUUUUACUGCUCGUACUUCCUCAAAACACAGACAUGCAGCGCGUCUGUGACAAGAAAACAUAAUUGCAUUGAUGAGUCGUUGAGGUCAGGUUGGGGUUGCUGUGACGGGAAUGUGUGCUUCCCCUCGCUGGUCCAGAUGGAGAAUAAAGGGAGCGACGAUGUGGACAAAUUAAAGACAAAGUUUAUGUCAAUGUGGCACAAUGUGAAGUACAGUUGGGCACUUAAAUCCAAGACUGCAUUCAGUAGAAGCUCCCCAGUGUUUGUUUUGGGAAAGUGCUAUCAUUUUAAGGCAGAAGAUGAUGACUCGCCCUCUGAAGACUUUCAGGGAUUCUCUGUCGUGGGGAAUAUAGAGGCUUUCCGACAGGAUUUUGCAUCUCGUUUGUGGCUGACGUACCGGGAAGAUUUCCCUCCGCUGCCAGGCAGCACCCUGACCUCAGACUGUGGCUGGGGCUGCAUGCUGAGGGCYGGGCAGAUGAUGAUGGCUCAGGCUCUUGUUCUGCACUACUUGGGCAGAGACUGGUGUUGGCCAGAGGCGCUCACCCUCCAGCCCUUGGAUGUAGAAUCACGGACCGCCACAGCAGCUAAGCGAUUUGUCACCUCUAUGCAGACUUCUCUGCAGAGCACRUCCAGGAUUUCUGAAAGCAGAGCGUCUCUUGCACCUGAAAUCCAGAUGUUGGGAUUUGCAGAGGAAGCGGAUGCACAUUUGAAGGAGAAGUACCACAGAAAUCUGGUGUCCUGGUUUGCAGACAUCUCCUCAGCUCCACUGGGCCUGCACAGACUGGUCCAUUUWGGAUCGGCAAUGGGAAAAUUGGCAGGGGACUGGUACGGUCCAGCUUUGGUAGCACACAUCUUGAAGGAAGCUGUCAAGGAAGCGACGGAGCCUGGCUUGGCGAGUGUAACUGUCUACGUCUCCCAGGACUGCACAGUGUACAGUUUGGAUGUCAUUGACUGCCACAAGGCACCAAAGGCAGCAGAAGCCUCGGGUGCAACAGCCUCAGGUCCUCCUGUUGUACAACACACUGACAUGUCAGCGACCGCCAUGCCAGACAACCAAGCCGUCAUCAUCCUCAUCCCUGUGAGGCUGGGAGGAGAGAGGACAAACCCAGAGUAUUUUGGCUUUGUAAAAAAGAUAUUGAGUCUGGAGUACUGCAUAGGCAUCAUCGGAGGGAAGCCCAAGCACGCCUGCUACUUUGUGGGAUUUCAAGAUGACAGCUUGAUUUACAUGGACCCUCAUUACUGUCAGUCUUUUGUGAAUGUCAGCACCAGCGAUUUCCCUCUUCAGUCAUACCAUUGCCCCUCGCCAAAGAAGAUGCCUUUCAGAAAGAUGGAUCCAAGCUGCACUUUUGGUUUCUUUUCUAAAAGCUCUCAAGAUUAUGAGAGAAUCAGGGAAGAACUGUCCAAGUUGCUGGAGCCGUCACCGACAGCGAAAUAUCCGGCGUUUACUUUUGUGCAAGGUCGCAGCACAGAUUAUGAGCUGCCAGUGGAUCYGAGCGCAGAGAAGCGGGAAUGGCRCUUUCCUAGGGAUGCACGCAGAACCUUCACCACAUCCGGAGACUUUGUGCUUCUCUGACAGCCCAGUUUGACGGUACAAGAAAUGUUCACUCAUAACGACUMWCUGUUGAAAUCCACUGCAUUACGUCAGUUUUUGUCUGGCAGUGCAAACRGUGGAUUAUUUUUGGGAAGUUAUUUGACAUUAUGUGGUGGUCUACUGAAUCUAAAUUCAUAAAAUUUUUUACAUUUAGAAUUAAGAAAUCUGUAUUUUGCAUCACUACUUGUAUUUUUGUAGUCUGUAUGUUUAUAUCAAAAUGGUUCAGACAUCUGAAGUUGGGUUUCAUUCGUAAAAUUAACUUGAUGCAACAAAACAAAAUCCAACUUUGGAAGGUCAUAAAACAUUUACAUUAGAAAGAAGCACAGCUUGCACUUUGAUCCAACAGCAUUAUUUUGCAUCUAAACUAACGAAGUCUGCAGUGAUUAGUUUGUAGGGAAUAAAUUAACAGCCAUAAUGUUUUGAACAAAGUUAUAAAUCAUCUUUAAAAUAUUUUUUUUCCCCAAAUGAAACCCCAGGUUUAGGAUUUGAUAUUUGUAGAACUCUUACUCGGUCCUGAUCUUUCAAUACCAACAGUGUCAUGCAGACUUGUUUGGAAUAGGAUCUCCAGCUAGAGCAGCACUCUUUAUAAUCUGUGCUAGUAAAUCCAAAGUCAUGUUGUGCUAACUUAAAAACGGUUGCACAACCUAAAUUUGACUUGUUCAGUUUGUCAUAAUAAUUAAACAAAUGCACAAAAUUGUAUCCAAUGACACUACAUAAUUGGCUGAAGCAUUUUCAAGUAAACAUCAUAAAAUGGUCCAGUCAGAAUUUCAUGAAAAACUAAACCCUGGCCUCAAAAUUUAGUUUUAGCAGCAGCAGUAAAAAAAAAAAAAAAAACUGUUGUAAAUGUGUAGCCUCUUUUAGACAUGUUGCCACUUUUGAUGAGCAAAAAUUUAUGUGGGUAAUAAGUAGCCUGAGCUCUGAACAAAGGAUCUGCUUUUUAAACUUGGAACUAGAACAUGAUUAGUUGGGUUUGAUGUUGUACCCAGAACCAGGUUUCAACUUCAUAGGUAAAUGGACCAAAGCAUAAAUGGCCAAAAAAUAUUUAUUCCUGGCUCACUGUUUAAUUCAGCCCAGUUAUUUACCAGAUUUUUUUUGGAGAAAAUUAAAGGCAGAUUUAUUUUUAAAAGUAUUCAUUGUUACUGUAAUAAGUGGUACUACUCUUGUAGUUUGAGAGUCAUGGAUCUAGAGCUGUGGUUCUUAAACUUUGUAUGCUAGCUACACAGCCAUAAUUUAAAGAAUUUAUGGCAUUAAUGUUCAAUAUAAAAUGUAUUUUUUUUAUCUUCUAGCUUUUACAUAACAAUGCACUUCACCAUGUUUUCCUUUAGUUUGACUUCUGUAAAGUUUUUAAGAUUGCACACUGAGUGAUUUGUAACACUGUGAGGUACCAAACCACUGAUCUAGAGUAUUUACAAUGCGUUCCAGGUGAAUGAACACUUUAAAUAUUAUUUCACUUCGUCAGCAGCUAAGUGAAGUCAAAGUGCUAUUUAAAGGUAGCAUAGCUAUUUUGAUUUCUGUACUUUCUAUUCUUAAUCUACAUUAAACUCUGAAACGUGUGAAGGAAAAAAUGCACACUUUGAAGGAAGUUCUUCACAAGUCAGCACAGUUAAGUUAUAGUUUAGUGGGUUUUUUUUUUCCUUCUUUUGAACAAUGUAUUAAAUUCUUGUGUGACGCCAUACGACCAAUGUGCUUUGACCUCUUAACUGGAAGAUUGCUGGUGUGAAUAUCUAUUUAUGAACAUAUUUUCAUCAGCAUGAAUUAAACACUUGAAUCUAAGUCAGAAAAGUGCAAUAUAAAACGAGAUGCAUUUACUGUAUGAAUAUUUUUUUUAUUUAAGGUACAUUUGACAUGCCCUGCUGUAUACAUCUUUCAAAUAUUCUGAUGCAGUUCAAAUGGUACACUACCAAAUGUCAUUGUCACUUGAACACUAUAAAAUAUUAUUUUUGAAAAUGUUUUUUGUAAAUUAAAAUGUUGAACAAAGGA